UGUGAGCGCGCACUAAAGAGGGAGCUUUGAUUGACGUUCCCACGGACCAAUCAGCUGUCGCAGCGCUGGCACUCCGGGGUUUCCAUUGGGCGCUGGUAGGAAGAGCUCUGCGCAAAACAACGCACGGACGCUCACUCUCUUUGCAGAAGUCGACAAGGAGACAUCCACGGAUUUCUAAGCAUCCUGUACAUACUGGGGACCAUAAGAAAACUACGUGCAGAAAGUGUUAUCUAUAUGCAAUAGUUCGCAUUUGAGGAUUUUUAUGUUUUUGUUCACGAGGAACUGACUGGUUCAUGUACUGGGCAAAAUAGUUUUGGAAAGAUUUGGCUCCCCAUCAUUAAGGAUUGGGUCAUCUGUAGAUUCUGCAAUGUCUUGUUCUGACGCACGGACUACUACAUCGCGCACUCCCUGAGAUAUCAAAUGGCUAUGGACUUUGCGCGUAUGGCGACAUGGUUUCAGGCUGACAUACCACACAGGAGCCUUCUUGUUCGUUUGGAAAGUUACACAUCGCAUAUGUAUUUUUGGACAAAGGCAAUGGGUAAUUCCUAAGCCGUGAUCGGAGAAGAAACUGCGCACAGACAGACACGGAGAGAGCGAGCGAGAGGGAAUAGAGAGGAGCGCACUUGUUGUUUGGAAAUGAUUUUGAUAUUUCUCUUUUUCUCGAUCUUGGAUGGAGGGUUAUCGCAGCUGCACUUCUCGGUUCCGGAGGAGCAGGAGCGCGGGACGGUCGUGGGAAAUAUCGCCGAGGAUCUGGGGUUGGACAUUACCAAACUUUCCGCGCGCCGUUUCCAGACCGUGCCGAGCUCGCGCACUCCGUACCUGGAGGUAAACUUGGAAAACGGCGCGCUGGUGGUGAACGAGCGCAUCGACAGAGAGGAGAUAUGUCGCCAGACCGUUCCGUGCCUCCUGCACCUCGAAGUGUUUUUGGAGAACCCGCUCGAACUGUUCCGCGUCGAGAUCGAGGUGAUGGAUAUAAACGACAAUCCGCCGAGUUUUCCAGAGACGGACAUCACCGUGGAGAUCACCGAGAGCGCCACGCCGGGCACCCGGUUCCCGGUGGAGAAUGCCUUUGACCCAGAUGUAGGGACUAAUGCCCUGAGCACCUACGCCAUCACCACCAACAACUUCUUUUACUUGGACGUACAGACGCAGGGCGAUGGCAACCGGUUCGCGGAGCUCGUGCUGGAUAAACCCUUGGACCGGGAGCAGCAGGCGGUGCAUAGGUACGUGCUCACUGCCGUGGACGGAGGGCAACCUCAAAGGACCGGUACCGCAUUGCUGGUAGUUAAAGUGCUGGACUCAAACGACAACGCGCCCACGUUCGACCAAUCCGUUUACUCCGUGAGCUUGCGUGAGAACUCUCCUGUUGGCACGCUCGUUAUCCAACUGAACGCCACCGACAUGGACGAGGGCCAAAACGGAGAGAUUGUUUACUCGCUAAGUAGUCACAAUCCCCCGCGCAUUCGGGAUCUGUUUAACAUUGACUCGCGCACCGGGAGGAUCGAAGUGACCGGUGAGGUGGAUUACGAGGAGAGCAGCACGCAUCAAAUCUACGUGCAGGCGAAAGACAUGGGAGCGAACGCCGUGCCCGCGCACUGCAAAGUUUUGGUGAAGCUAAUCGACGUGAACGACAACACGCCGGAGAUCAGUUUCAGCACCGUCACCGAGUCGGUGAGCGAGCAGGCUGUCCCGGGCACGGUGAUCGCGCUAUUGAGCGUGACAGACCGCGAUUCCGGUGAGAACGGACAGAUGACCUGCGAGUUGCACGGCGAGGUGCCGUUCAAGCUCAAAUCGUCUUUUAAAAACUAUUACACCAUCGUCACGGACGGCCCGCUGGAUCGCGAGAAAGCGGAGUCGUACACGCUCACGGUGGUCGCGAAAGAUAAGGGGGUGCCCUCUCUCUCCACGACCAAGUCCAUCAAAGUUCACGUUUCGGACGAAAAUGACAAUGCACCUAGGUUCAUGCAGGCGGCUUACGACGUGUACGUGACGGAGAAUAAUGUCCCGGGCGCGUACAUUUACGCGGUAAGCGCCGUGGACCCCGACGUUGGACAGAACGCAUAUGUCACUUACUCCAUAUUGGAGUGCGAAAUACAGGGUAUGUCCAUUUUAACAUACGUGUCCAUCAACUCCGAGAACGGCUAUCUGUACGCGUUGCGCUCUUUUGAUUACGAGCAAAUUAAAGAGUUCAGUUUCAUGGUGCACGCAAAGGACUCCGGAUCACCCGAGUUAACGGCCAACGCCACUGUUAAUGUCAUCAUAGUGGACCAGAACGACAAUGCACCUUCUGUAAUAGCGCCUCUGGGCAAAAACGGUACAGCGAGGGAACAUUUACCCCGGUCAGCCGAACCGGGAUACCUGGUGACCCGUAUCGUUGCCACAGAUGCGGACGACGGGGAAAACGCACGCCUGUCAUACAGCAUUAUUCGCGGAAACGAGCUUGGGAUGUUUCGGAUGGACUGGAGAACCGGCGAGCUGCGCACCGCGCGUCGGGUGUCCAGCAAACGAGACCCGCCGCACCCGUACGACCUGUUGAUCGAGGUGCGCGACCACGGCCAGCCACCCCUCUCGUCCUCGGCGAGCAUUAACGUGUUGCUCGUGGACAGUGUAGUGGAGGGCCGGAGUGGCGACCGGGGGUCCGUAAAGUCUAAAGAGGGCUCGCUGGACCUGACGCUGAUCCUCAUCAUCGCGCUUGGCUCCGUGUCCUUCAUCUUCCUACUCGCAAUGAUCGUGCUGGCCGUGCGCUGUCAAAAAGACAAGAAACUAAACAUCUACACGUGCAUGGCUGGAGAAUCGUGCUGCCAAUGUUGCAGUCGUCAAGCGCGAGGGCGCAAGAAGAAACUCAGCAAGUCAGACAUCAUGCUCGUGCAAAGCACCAACGUGGCCGGCACCGCGCAGGUACCCGUGGAGGAGUCGGGGAGCUUCGGCUCCCACCACCAAAACCAGAAUUACUGCUACCAGGUGUGCCUGACACCGGAGUCCGCCAAAACCGAUCUGAUGUUCCUCAAACCCUGCAGCCCGUCCAGAAGUACAGACACGGAGCACAAUCCAUGCGGGGCCAUCGUUACCGGUUACGCGGACCAGCAACCAGAUAUAAUCUCCAACGGAAGUAUUCUAUCAAGCGAGACCAAACACCAGAGAACUGAGCUCAGUUACCUUGUGGAUAGACCUCGACGUGUUAACAGUUCAGCGUUUCAAGAGGCAGAUAUCGUCAGUUCCAAAGACAGUGGACACGGAGACAGCGAACAGGGUGACAGUGAUCACGAUGCCACCAACCGGGGCCACACAGCAGGUGCUGAUCUUUUCUCCAACUGCACGGAGGAGUGCAAGGCUCUGGGUCAUUCUGACCGUUGCUGGAUGCCCUCCUUCAUGCCCAGCGACAGUCGUCAGGGUGCCGAUUACCGUAGCAACCUGCACGUCCCGGGGAUGGAUGCGGUCCCGGACACUGAGGUACAGGAGAGCGUGGUUCCGGGCGAUGCGUGCAUCGGGCCUGAUGAUAGAUCAUUCUCUACGUUCGGCAAAGACAAGUCACACCACGGCACGCUCACACGUCACGAGCUACACACACUCUUACCAAGCGCGAGAGCGCCUUACAAACCCAACUACCUGUCACGCAAAAGGAUUUCCUAGCACCUUCCGCGUGGACAUUCCUGAAAAAGCGUGAGUUUGCACAGUUACGCGAGCGGCCAAAAGCAUCAAGCUGUUCUUUUUAAAAACUUUGCUUCGUUCGUUUCUUACCGAAUUCGAUAAUCGCGACCAAGCCGGUCGUUCCCAGCUCUGACGGAAUGCUGAAAACGAUUCAAUCGGAUACGAUCCGAUGACGUAAGGACCCUGGGAGUUCUCAGCAGGACUGAGAAACCUCGCCAAAUCCCUCCAAAAAAAACUGGAUGUGCACAGGGAGGAAUGGGGAAGAUAAUAUCGCAUAUCAAAAGUGAUGGAGAGACAAAAAGAAGAACGAUGGAAAUAUCAAUGGACGUGGCUGUUUAUUAUCAAUCUCUCCGCUGUGAUCAGUGUGUGUCUGUUUACAGUCAACUAUAAACUAUAUUAACUAUCUGAGCCCUUUACCUGUUUCAACAUACGCAUACACGCACACACACACACACACACACACAUGUAUACUGUACAAACUAACUGUACAAAGAGCAGCCCAACAAUGUGCAUUAUAAACUCAACUAUCCGUUUUAGACUUGACUGUUUUCUAUAGUCGUUUAUUUUUCUUCUUAAUCAAUGUGGUCAAGUGUUCUUCUGGAUCUACUAUCUUUAGAAAAAGAGUGGAUGCGGAGGACAAAAAAAGACGAUUCUGUCCUCUCAUUGGCCUAUACAUCAUCAGACAUUGUGCUUAUAUUCACGUGUGCAAGUGUGUACUGUUCUCUUUAAAAGUUUCAAAUAACUGUAAAUCUAUAACUAUAUAUAUAUGUAUAAACAUACAUAUAUAAUAUAUAUAUAAAUAUACUUUUUUCUGAACCUGUGUAGCCCAUUGGAUAGUUUCCUAAACACCAUAUUGCCAUAAACCAAUACAAAGUGCUGAUAAGACUUGCAUUAAAAGUGGGGCUUCAAAUUGUGUGGCCUCUCUGUCUUCAA